AUGUUGAAAGUGUUGUUCAGAGAUAAGAUUAAAUAUAAUGAUCUCGCGAAGGCAACAAAAACUAUAGAGCUGUUGAACAGUUUGACGGUACGUGAUGUUCUGACUACAACAGAUCUAACUAUCUUGAGCGAUACCAUUAGCGUGACUGAACAAUUCAAUCUUCAAUGGGAAAUCAAAAAACAACUGAAGACAUUCCCGGAUGUUGAUGAAAUAACAAUUUCAAAACAUUUCAAACCAUACAGACUAAGGCUAAUGAAGUUUGGGAUAUUACUUGAUGAAAAAUAUGUGGUAAAGAUAGAUGACUUAUAUAAUAGUCCUACUAGUAAAGAGUAUGCCGACGUCUGGGUUAUGAUCACGGAUCUCGAAGACAGAAUGAAAAUUUGGCCUAAAGAAGAAAUAAUGAAUGAAUUCAUUUCUACGUUGGAAUCACUUGAACUUGAUAUUCAACCAGCAUUGAACGCACUAAAAGAAGAUAUUCAAGAUCCACACAGGACUACUGGAGAGCCCGUCCAGGAAUCAGAUAUCCAAGCUUCAUCCUUGUAUAGAUCUAUGCCUACUGAAGAGCCCGCCCAGAAACUAGAAUCCAAACCAAAUUCUAAUACUUUUAACUAUUUUAAUGUUUCAUUAACAGCGAGCUUGAAGAACGUUUUCGAAGAAUGUUUUGGGUUUUACGUUGAUGUUCGUCGCAACCAAAAAGCUAAGGGGAUAAAGGAUGCAAUAUAUGAUUAUUCAAAAACUGUUGACUAUACAGAGUACGAUUGUUUUAUUUGUUGCAUUUUAUCGCACGGUAAAGAGGGAUCCGUGGCUGGAUAUGAUGGUGAACUCGUCGACAUAACUCAAAUCACCUUUCCUUUUCGGUCUACUGAGUGUCAUGGCUUAAAGAACAAACCCAAGUUGUUUUUUAUUCAAUCAUGCAUGGGUUGUCUAACACCCAAAUAUGUAGCUGCUUCUGCGGAUGCCACAACACCCGAAUAUGAAGAGGCUUCUAUAAAUGAGACACGCCGCCGCCUGUGCCCAGAUGACCGCGAUUUCUUGUUUGGUUACAGCACAGUGGAAGGUAACAAGUCGUUCGUCGACAACAAAAGCGGGUCUCCGUACAUACAAGCUCUAACAGAAACUUUAAAAAAUGAGCCUUUGAAGAAUAUGUAUAUUAUCCUGACAUGUGUCAAUGAUGAAGUGAGUAGUAAGGAAAUGUGUGUAUGGAACAAGAGGGAGAAAAAGUUCGAAACGGUUAUGCAAGUACCAUUUCUUAAAAGUACCCUAUCAGGGCAGGUGAUUUUUUCUCCGAAAUAGGCCUGCGUAAGUUACUUGUAAUGUAUACAUGCUUAUAAAUGAGGUGUUAUGAUAUAAAUACAGGUAUUUAAUAUAUAACAUAUAUGUAAAUGGUGUUUGUGGUUUUAAAUAAUAUGGUCUGCAUACUCCCAUAAAAGAGGACACACAAUAGGCAUCUCACAGAUUCUGUAUAGGCCUACAUGACAGGUAAAACAAGUAAAGGCCAACUCAGACAGCGUCGGUUGACGCAGC